UCAGUCAGUCGGUCGUAAAAAAGCGCAUCGUUCACAUAGCACGGUGCGUGUUGUGUGUGUGUGUCUUGAGUGUGUGUGUGUGUGUGCGCGUGUGUGCGUGCGCGAACGUUUGUGCGUGUUCGUGCGUGUGUGUGAGUGCGUGCGUGUGUGUGUGUGUGUGAGUGCGUCCGUCGGUCGUGUACGCCGAUACAAUACCAUCAUAACGCGAUCCCGACACCGACUCGCCCGACCACUCGCACAGUUAUUAAUCUCGUUUAGUUGUCGUUAUUAUUAUUACUACUACAAUCAUCAUCAUUAUUACGAUUCGUUUCUUUCCGCCGCUAUUUCUCCCCCGGUAGCGUCCGCUUUGCAUGGGAUCGUCGUCUGUCUUCUGCCGUCGCCGCUACACCCUUCUCCGAGCUCACAGCACCUAAAGGAUACAUUUUAAAAAUAUAGUAUAUAUUUGAGACAAUUUCUAAUAAAAUGCGGGAAUACAAAAUAGUUGUUCUGGGUAGUGGUGGAGUUGGUAAAUCUGCAUUGACAGUGCAAUUUGUGCAAGGUAUAUUUGUUGAGAAGUAUGAUCCAACCAUAGAAGACAGUUAUCGUAAACAAGUUGAAGUGGAUGGACAACAAUGUAUGCUUGAAAUUCUUGAUACAGCUGGAACGGAACAAUUUACAGCAAUGAGAGAUUUGUAUAUGAAAAACGGCCAAGGCUUUGUUCUCGUAUAUUCUAUUACAGCACAAUCAACAUUUAAUGACUUACAAGAUUUAAGAGAACAAAUUUUAAGAGUGAAGGACACUGAUGAUGUCCCCAUGGUAUUAGUGGGAAACAAGUGUGAUUUAGAAGAAGAAAGAGUAGUCGGUAAAGAACAUGGAGUGAAUCUUGCUCGUCAAUUCAAUUGUGCUUUUAUGGAAACAUCCGCUAAAGCUAAAAUCAAUGUCAUUGAUAAACAUCAAAGUAUAUUCUAUGACUUAGUGAGACAGAUCAACAAAAAAAGUCCAGAGAAAAAACAGAAACAAAAAAAGAAGUCGCUGUGCGCUCUUCUUUAAAUAGCUUAAUAACAAUGAUGAAACAACAAUCAAUGCCAACAAUCCACGUAGAAAAAAAGGAAUGUUUAACAAUGUGGUAAAAAUAUUGUUUUAUGAGUCAAUGCUAAAUUUGUUAUUGCUUACUAAUUUUUAUUUUAAAUGGCUAAAUCGACUUUUCCAAAUUGCUUUUGUACUUUUUUUUUUUUAAUUUAUAAGUACCUAAUUAUUAUUAUUAUUAUUAUUAUUAUUAUUAUUAUUAUUUUAUUGUUCAUUAUUGGAUAUAGCCAAAAUUGUAAUAUUUUCUGAGGCCUGGAUCUUUGUAAAUACCAUUAAUUAUAAAACAUUUACACAAAUUAACAACAAUGUGUAAUUGGCCGUUUUUGUUUGUAAAUCGAAUGUGUCAAUAAUUCCUUAUUUUUCUAACUGCAUUUUUUGAAAACAUUACAUUUUUUCUCUAUUUUUGAAAUGUUAUUUAAAAAAUUAAUAUUCUUAACACAGUUUUCCAUCAAAGUGCCAACAUUUAGUUAAAUAUAAAUUUCGUCUUAAAAUAAAAUCUGCUACCUAUCAUUUCUCAAUUUAAAGUUAAUAACUCAUCAAUCAUUUUGUGUUAAAUAUUUUCUCAUUAACAAACGUUCCAAUUAUAAAAUUGUGAUUGUUUUGAAAUUUAUGCUGCCAAUAAUAACUGUUGUUUCUCGGUAAUUUAAAAAUCAGCACAUUAGGUUUAGAUUUGCAAUAAAUCAACCAUGACAUAAUACUGAAUUCAUUGAAUUAUUCAUCAACUUUGAAAACACCAUAAACUCAAACCUCCCAUGGCAUAAUACAUAAACUUAAAAAAAAUUUAUAUUAUCGAUUAUUCCAAUACUAAUCUUAUAACUAAAUAUUUCUUUUAUCAAUAUUAUAUAUAGCCCGUUUCUUUAAAUACAUAAAUUUUAAAAUAACUAAAUAAUCAACUAAAGAAAUGUAGCGUAUUAAAAACCGUUUGUACCUAUGUUAACAUUUUUUAAUUUCUGGGUUUUGAGUAUACUGAUACAAUUAUAUUAGCUGCUAUGUAAUUUGUGUACAUUUGGAUUGAAUAUAAAUCAUGUAUUUAAGUCAAAAUCUAGUCUGAAUAUAUUAUUUUAGUUGGUCUUUUUUCUUAAUUGAGCUUAACAUUAUUAUUGUAUUAUUUCAUUAAUUGUUUUGAAUCGCGUUUUCAAUCAUCCAGGGUUACAAAUAAACACCAGUUAUAAGUAUAAUAGGUUUACCUGUUAAAACUUGAUGAGUAUUUUCCAAAAUUGUGUGCUCUACUACCCUUCACAAUCUUAAUUUAUUGUUAUACAUUUACGAAACGCAUUAAGUUCUAACUAUAACAAAAACAAUUUUGAUAAUUAAUUUUCUGUUUGGGAAACAUUAGAUUCAAAUUAAUCUUAAAUUAUUUUUUAUCAAAUAGUUGAAAAAUUUUUUAUAUCUAUCCAAAACAUAGUUUUAUGUCAGUACAUGUUUGCGCCAUGAAAAGCUAAUAGAUCCAAUCCAACUCGUAAGACACAUUUUUUUCAACUAAAACAUUGAUCAUGCAAUUCCUUAUUCAUAUACCUACUCAUAAGACAAAUUUUUUUCAACCUAAAACAUUGAUCAUACAAUUCCUUAUUUAUAUACCUACUAUGUUUCAAUCUGGCAUAAUAUUCUUUGAUCAUGCAUCUUUUAUUUAUUUAAAUAUUAAAUAAAUGGUCAUCGUUGCCAUAUAUUGUACCUGUACGUAUGACGCACAAUAAUAUUCUUGUGAUAACGAACAAACAUAAUCAUUUAUAACUUCUGUUAUUACAAAAUUUGUACAAUCACACAUGGUACUCAUUUAUAGUUAUUGUGUCUAAAAUACAAUAGAGUAAAAAUUGAAAUUCUUUAUUCUUUUGUCCUUAUGAACAGCAUUUUUUGACACUAAAUAAAUUGAUGUUUGUAGCUUAGAAAAAUUUAGCAUUUAAUUAAAAUUCAUUUUUUUUUUAAAUUAUAAUAAAUGUAUUUCGACUUGUUAACAAUUUUCAAUUCUAAUAGUUGUUUAAUAAAUAUUACUUAACAAACCCAUAAUUGUAAGGAUGUGCAAAUACAUAUAAAUAAAAAAAAAUGUUUAUAAAUAUAUAUUUAAAUAUAUAUAUAAAUAAUUCUGUGUAUGUAUUUAUUAAAGGAUUACAGAAGUGUAAUUAUAGGUACCAUUUAUGCAUUUAUAUAUAUCUAACAUAUAAGUGUUUGUAGGCCAAUAUUUAGUAUAUUCAUUUAUAGUAUGAGCCCUAAUUCCUUAAUAUUGACAACAAAAUUAAUUAAUUUAAAAUAAAAUGUUUGAAGUAAUUGUUUACUUUUCUUUAUUUUAUGCUUAUAAAAAACAAAUCAACUGAACCAAUUUAUAGACAAUAUUAUUGUUAGUAGAAUAGUAAAAUUUUCAUUGGUGGUUUAAUUAUUUAUUUUACUAUUACUGUUUUUUUUUUUAUAUAUUUCUUUAUAAACGUGUAAAUGUUUAUAUUAUUUAUUUAUUUUCUAUCUAAUUAUACAUAAAACAACUAAUUCCAAUUACACAAAAAGAAAAGAGAAACUUUAUAUUGUAUCCGAA